GCCAGCUCAAGAUCUCAACGAACUGACAAACCAUCAUAUUCUCAUUGUCCCCGCUCCCAGCAACCGGAUUACAAGACACACAAGUUGACUUUUUUGAGGUUGUGCUGUAAAAAUUUCCAGUCUUUGUCAUAUUCAAGAGACAAGGCAGAACACAACAAAAACUGUUUGAAUUUGGGAUUUAGUUGGGAAGUGUCAAGACUUGAGACAGAGGAGAGAUUUUGUUAAUGUUUUGGGCUGUUUGGUUAGCGGAAAACCUCUGGUGGGGUAGCAAGGAAAGAGAAGGAACAGUUAUAUGCAACUGGAUUGUAGGUUGUGAUUUGUGAAUGAAUCGAGAGGUGCAAGAAGAUACUGUUGUUUAGCUGAUAGCGAGGUAUUUUGUUUUGGAUUUGAUUCAGAUCUCUGGCAUGUUCUCAUUUUGGCUAUUACAGUGUUUGUUCACGGGAUUAAGCAUUAGCUUGCACUUUCCCGAAUUGUGAAUUCUUGAAGAUAUCACUCAAAGUAGCUGUGAAGAACUUCCUCAUCUUUCCCAAUCCAUGUGAACCAUGAAAUUUGUUUCAGGUAAUGAACAAGUAUUUGCCCAAUCAACUCUCGACCACAAGGCUGAUUCUAAACCUUUUGAUUAUCAAGACAAUCCUUUGGAGUUUACUAGGCUAAAGUCUGGAAAUGGCAUUGUAAAGGAAUAUCAGAAUGGGGUCUUGUGUGAUUCAAAGCCCAAUGCAGGGGAUGCAGAUAAGUUAUCUUAUAUGAAAUAUGAUGCAGAUGGUUGGACUGCGACAAAACUUGAUCAUUCUAUGAAUUUGAAGGAUAGAACAAAUGACAAUGAAAAGGAUUUCAGAGAUCGGGCAGCACAACAUUCUGAGUUUUCCCGAGAAACAGAAUCAUUUGAAGAUUCAGAUUUUUACAUGGACAAAAGUGUGAUGGAAUGUGAACUACCUGAGUUGAUAGUUUGUUACAAAGACAGUACAUACCAUGUCAAGGAUAUUUGCAUUGAUGAGGGAGUACCUUCACCAGACAGGAUCUUGUUUGAUAAUGAUAUAGAUGAGAAGGGUGUCUGUUCCCUCCUGAAUCCCGAGAAUAAUAGAAAUGAUGAAGUGAUGGAAGAAAAAAUCAAUACUGUUAUGCCUCUCCUAGAAGUGUUGAAAUCUCCUACAGAAAAUGAUCCUAAUAUGGACACUGUUAAUCAAUAUGUUUUUCCACCUGAACCUGAUUCUGACAAGUAUACUGUUGGUCUAUGUGAUUCUAAGGAUUUAUUGCUAACAGACAAAGUAAAAGAUGAUGAAACAGAUGAAGCUGCUGCGAAAAAGUUCUCACUUGGAGAUUUGCUUUCAAUGAAAGAUUUGACCACAGAGAACUCAUAUUCCAAGUUUUCCAGUAAUUGUAAAACGGAGACUGAAAAUCAGCAGGGCUUUGAUGGAAAAUCAGUCUUGGCAUGUACGGCUUUUGUUUCUUUAACCACCGAAUCAAAUGGUGGAACCAAGGAAGAGAUCACGAUGAGCACUGAUUUGGUUUCUGGGGCUACAGAAUUGAAUAAUGGCAGUGAGGAAGCAGUCUUGGCUAACCACACAAUGGUUUCUGCAAAUGAAGGAAAGCAUGAUGACAGUAAAGAGGCAACCUCAGCAAGCUUUGAUUUGGCUUCUGGAGAAGCAGUCUUGGCAAACACUGCUUUGGUUUCUUCAGCCAACGAAUCAAACUGUGGCACUGAGGAAGGGGAAUUGGCAACAUCUGAUAAUGUUUCAGCAGCUGAAGAAUCAAACCAAGGCAGUCAGGAAGGAAUCUUGGAAAACAAAGCUCUAGUUUCUGGAGAUGAAGAAAAGCAAAAUGAAGCAACCUUGGCAAGCCAUGAUCUGGUUUCUGGGUCUGAAGAACUAACAAAAGUUAGAAUAGACGAAAAGUUAUUAUAUAAUAGCAAGGUGGAGACUGGAGGCAUAACUUCUGAUUUUGAUGCUUCUGCAUUCACAGGAAGAGGUACAGAGGAAUGUUCUCAGAAUGGAAAUUUUAAACAAAUUGGGACUCCAGACAGCUCGAAACUUGCAGAUGCUCCACGGCUAUCAGUUUCAAGCCAAGUUCGCAAUGAUCUUGGGGAGUCAAGUUUCUCUGGAACAGGUCCAGUAUCAGGCCUGAUAACUUAUUCAGGGCCUAUAGCAUAUUCUGGCAGCCUUUCUCUUAGAUCUGAUAGCAGCACAGCAAGUGCUCGUUCUUUCGCCUUUCCUAUAUUACAGUCAGAGUGGAAUAGCAGUCCAGUGAAAAUGGCAAAAGCAGAUCGGAGACAUUUGCAGAAGCAUAAAUGUUGGAGACAGGGCCUUCUUUGCUGUAGAUUCUAAAUGAUCUUUUUAUUGUCAGUAGACUGAAAUUAGAAAGUCUAUACAUGAUAAAAGUUUUAUGCUGUUUUUAUUUUAUUUUGUUCUUACCCUCAUCCAUAUGUCAUAACAAGUUUAUUAGAUUAAUACAGGUAUACAUCUUGCUCAUUUCGUUGAUCUCGCAA